UAAAAGUUAAAAUAGGCAAAUAAAAAUUAUGCUUGCGGCAAUCGAAUGACAAACAACAACUGCAGCCACAACGACAAUAUUGCAAGCAAACAUACACGAAUUUUGCAAGAAUUCUACCGCACACACACAAACAUACCUGCAUGUGUGUAUAUGCUGUGACAAGUGGCAGCGAAAAUUGAGGCAUGCAAAUAACUCCAUGCAAUCAAACAAAUAAAUAAAUUCGUUUAUGCGGCAGCAAGUAGGCGAAAAGUAAUACAUACAAACAACAACAAAAAAGUAGCGCAGCAAUAAGUGCAACGAAUAAGUGUAAAACAGCCGCUGCCGCCAGUCACUUCGCUGCCACACACAACCACGCACACACAUAUGUGUCUGAAAAUUCGCGCCUCGCAGCCAGCGCAGCACUGAGGCCCGUUCAUUAAAGGGUACAGCAAUUUUUAUGGCUCUCGCAUCCUGACACGUUUUGUGUACGGGCCUACACAAAAGAGAUAUCAGCGAAAUCGCGUUUUAUAGCAACGCGAAACAAAAGCGAUAUUAUUUGCUACGUCGUCUGCUACAACAACAACAACAAGAAUCACUAAAUAACGAAAAUGUCCAUAUCAAUAAAGCGCACAUAUUUUGCACUUACGUCCCAUCCACGCAGCACUCUUGACAGCAGGAGCGCUAACAACAACAGCAAUGGCAGCAAAGAUAGCAACUGUAAAUGUGCAGCCAGCCAGCGAACACAUCCGCAUAAGUAUCAAUGCCACCACAAACACAUUCCACACACCGCACACUGGUGUUGCACAGCAACGCGCCCCGGCUUUUUCAGCAUACUACUAAUGUCAUUGUUGUUGUUCAGCGCACACUGGCACUCCGUAGAAGCCAAACCGAAGUCGCGUAAAAGUUCCAACAGCCAUCAUAGUAAUGAUGAGAAAUCACCAACCGAAGGUCAACGCUUCGCCAUGGAGCCGCAGGAUCAAACCGCUGUUGUGGGUUCACGUGUUACGCUGCCCUGUCGGGUGAUGGGCAAAAUGGGUGCAUUGCAGUGGACGAAAGAUGAUUUUGGCCUGGGACAGCAUCGCAAUUUGAGCGGCUUCGAACGCUACUCGAUGGUGGGUAGCGAUGAGGAGGGUGACUUUUCGCUAGAUAUCUAUCCGGUGAUGCUGGAUGAUGACGCCAAAUAUCAGUGCCAAGUGGGACCCGGCCCGGCGGGUGAGGCGGGCAUACGUUCGCGUUUCGCCGAAUUGACAGUGCUGGUGCCGCCGGAAGCGCCGAAAAUCACACAAGGUGAAGUUAUAUUCACAACGGAAGACCGCGAGAUUGAGCUGGAGUGCGUGUCGGCUGGUGGCAAGCCAGCGGCUGAGAUCACUUGGAUUGACGGCCUCGGCAAUGUGCUCACUAAAGGCAUCGAGUACGUGAAGGAGCCCUUAUCGGACUCGCGUCGCAUAACGGCCAAGUCGAUUUUAAAACUUGUGCCCAAGAAGGAACACCACAACACGACAUUUACUUGCCAGGCGCAGAAUACGGCGGAUCGCACUUAUCGCGCCGCCAAAAUACUUAUAGAAGUCAAAUAUGCACCGAAGGUGGUGGUAUCUGUUAUUAGCGGUGCCUUGGCUGGCGGUCGCAUAUUGGAGGGCUCCGAGGUUAUAUUAUCUUGUCAAGCGGAUGCAAAUCCACCGGCGCAAAGCUAUCGUUGGUUUAUAAAUGAAGAAUUGGUCACCGGUGAUUAUACAACGAAGAUGAUCAUACACAAUGUAACGCGACAUCAUCACGAAGCUUUGGUCAAGUGUGAAGUUGUCAAUGCGGUGGGCAAGAGUGAAGAGACUGAAACUUUGGAUAUCAGCUAUGCACCCAUCUUCAAACAUCGUCCCAUUUCAGUUGAAGCAGAUUUAGACACGAACGCGAAUUUGCUGUGUGAUGUCGAUGGCAACCCGACGCCUGAAAUUGAAUGGAUCAACGAAAACACAGACAAAGUUGUCGGCAACACCGCAAAUCUUAACUUGAAGGUGACCACAGAGACCGCAGGUCGUUAUUAUUGCAAGGCCAUAGUAACUGGCUUCCCAGAGAUCGGUGCUGAGGCCACAAUUUACGUUAAGCGUGCACCCAUUAUCACCUCACAUAAGGUGCAAUUCGGUGCGGUGGGAAGUCGGGCGAAGAUCGACUGUGUGGCAUUUAGUGUGCCUAAGGCAGAGCAGAUUUUAUGGUCAUUCGAGGAUAAAGUGAUUAAUAUGAGCACAGCUGAUCCGGAUAUCUAUAUAUUCGAAGAGCAACAUUUGCCAGAGGGUGUGCGUGCAGCGCUUAUUAUUAAAGAGAGUCGUUCUAGUCAUUUCGGACGCUACAAUUGUACGGUGAAGAAUUCUUAUGGCAGCGAUUCGUUGUUGAUCAAUUUGAAACCAGAACCGGGUUCGGUGCCUAUACUGCUGGUUGUUAUGGGUUCACUCUCUUCUGUUGCUAUUGUCAUAAUGAUUGUGAUGUUGGUGAUUGUCUAUAUGAAGCGCAAUAACAAGAAGCCCAUACCGGCGGAUGUCAUACCAGAGGCGUCACGUGGUGGCGAUAAAUUGUCCGGUCUGAAGCACGAAUUGCGUGCCAAAGCCUACGAUGUCGACUACUCGGAGGCUGGUAGCGACGGUUUAGCGAUCAAUCUCACACAAGCGCCAAUGCCAGAUGUCCAAAUGAAGGGCGCCACAUUGGGAGUGCCACUGGCUGGCCCAGUGAAGUUAGACGACAGAUUUUCCGGCGACUUCAGUUAUAGCCGUCAAUGUCAUAUUAAGAAUUUGAAGAAUCAAGACUACAAAGAGACUGUCAACGGUUAUGCGCCCUACUUUGAAUAUGCGCUCGACUAUAGCGCACCUACGGAGGGUGGCAAGCCCGGCGCUGGUGUCGCUAAUAACGUCAACAAAUCCCAAACCAGCACAAUCAACUCGGCUACCUUGCCGCACUACACAAACCCCGUCACAACGACCGGCAAUCUGAGUUUGCCACGCAAUCGCAAUGAUAUGCAGCAACAGCCACAACAGAGCACCGCUCAAAUGGGUAACGGAUUCCUCGCCGGUCAGUCGCUACUGCAAAACGGCAUAGAUAGCCGUUUCAGCGCCAUCUACGGCAACCCCUAUCUGCGCUCGAACUCUUCACUACUACCGCCGUUGCCACCACCAAGCACGGCCAACCCCGCCGCCACACCAGCGCCACCACCCUACCAACGUCAUCAUCACCACCCCAGCCAACAGCAUGUGAACAUGAACGGUGGCAUAGGUGUGAAUGCGUUGAAAAAUUACAGCGCGCUCACGGCUGGCAUCGGCAUGACGGGCGCCAACAGCAAUGGCGGCGCUGGCAGCAUUAGCGGUAGCAGUUCGAAUUUGACCGCCAGCAGUAAUACGCUUGCGGCCAUGACACCGCUCACACAAGGCGCACCCCUCACUACAGCCACACCGGUCACAACAACGGCGCCGGUGUCUGUGGCGGUGGCGCAAAGCCCAUCCGGUCAAUUCAUUCUACCGUCGAACGGCAGUGCCAAACAAGGCGCACUGGCUACGCACGUCUAA